GCGGCCGCCGGGCGUUCGCUCGGGAAAUGGAUGCUCCGCUGGUCCGCCAGCGCCGGGGGCGGGGAAAGCACGCGCUCCGGUGUGCGCGCCCCGCCCAGGAGUCGGCGGGAGCGCCCUCCCUCUCCUUCCUCUCUCACCAGCCCUUGGUUGAGCACCCAGCGAAGAAAUAGAGUACCUUAUAAGUUUCUUGAUUGGUAUUUGGGCGGCCACAGCCGAAAAAGGAACAUGGCGCUUGUAGGCAGCCGAGUGGAGCUGGAAGCUGAUGAGGAUAUCUUUGAAGAUGCCUUGGAAACCAUCUCCAUGUCUCCUCAAGCAGAUAUGGCAACAAAUAGCUUUCACUUUGCAUCAUAUGAUACCAAACGGGCAUCCAGACAGCUUGGAACAUCAAGUUUGAGCAGUUCAUCAUCAACCAAAGUGGAUCUCAAGAGUGGCCUAGAAGAAUGUGCAGUGGCAUUGAAUUUAUUUCUAAGUAACAGAUUUACAGAUGCCUUAGAAUUGCUUCGUCCAGGGGCUAAGGAGAGUAUGUACCAUGCCUUGGGCUACAGUACCAUUGUGGUGUUGCAGGCUGUCAUGACCUUUGAACAACAGGACAUCCAAAAAGGCAUUUCUGCCAUGAAGGACGCUUUACAAACCUGCCAAAAAUAUAGGAAAAAAUGCACAGUUGUAGAAUCUUUUUCAAGUCUUCUUUCUCGAGGAUCAUUGGAACAGCUGAGUGAAGAGGAGAUGCAUGCUGAAAUCUGUUAUGCUGAGUGUCUUCUACAGAAAGCAGCACUCACCUUUGUGCAGAUGCUGUCUCUUUUACCAGCAAGGAUUAUCCGAUUAUUAGAAUUUAUUGGAUUUUCUGGAAACAGGGAGUUGGGCCUCCUGCAGCUUCGGGAAGGUGCAUCGGGAAGAAGCAUGAGGUCUUCACUGUGCUGCCUAACCAUCCUGGCUUUCCACACUUACAUCUCCCUCAUACUUGGUACAGGAGAAGUGAAUGUUGGGGAAGCAGAGAGUCUCCUUGCACCCUUCCUCCAGCAGUUUCCAAACGGCUCACUCAUGUUGUUUUAUCAUGCCCGAAUCGAGUUGCUGAAAGGGAAUAUUGAAGAGGCACAAGAGAUAUUUCGAAAAUGCAUUUCAGUUCAAGAAGAAUGGAAACAGUUUCACCAUCUCUGUUACUGGGAGCUAAUGUGGAUUUAUGUAUACCAACAAAACUGGAUGCAGGCGUAUUACUAUUCAGAUCUGCUUUGCAAAGAGAGUAAAUGGUCCAAGGCAACAUAUGUAUUUUUGAAAGCUGCAAUUUUGAGUAUGCUUCCUGAGGAAGAUGUGGUGGCAACUAAUGAGAAUGUGGUAACUUUAUUCAGACAGGUGGAUGGCUUGAAGCAGAGAAUUGCUGGUAAAUCUCUCCCUACUGAGAAGUUUGCAGUGAGGAAGGCUCGGCGUUACUCCCCCUCCUUGCCUGACCCUGUAAAGCUGGUCCUGCCAGCCCUGGAAAUGAUGUAUGUCUGGAAUGGUUUUUCAAUAGUGGGUAAAAGAAAAGACGUUUCUGAAAAUCUCUUGGUAACCAUUGAAAUGGCCGAGGCAGCUUUACAAAAUCAAAACUUUAGCGACUACUCUGUAGAUGACGAGUGCUUAGUGCAGUUACUUAAAGGAUGCUGCCUCAAGAACCUGCAGCGGCCCAUGCAAGCCGAACUGUGUUUCAAUCAUGUUGUAGAAAGUGAAAAGAGGCUGAAGUAUGACCACUACUUAGUGCCAUUCACUCUGUUUGAGUUGGCAUUUUUAUAUAAAAGCCAAGGGGAAAUUGACAAGGCCAUAAAAUUCCUAGAAACUGCAAGAAACAACUACAAAGAUUACUCCUUGGAGUCCAGACUACAUUUCAGAAUUCAGGCAGCUCUUCACCUCUGGAAAAAGCCCUCCUCGGAAUGAUCAGGACACAGAUGAUGGAAUUCCCCCCAAAUAGCAUCGGCAUCUGCUGUAGAUUAGACCUUGUUAUAAAGUGAGAAAGUGAUCUUGUGAAUAAGAGAUGGAAAAUUUAUUUUACUGUCAAUAUUUUCUAUCAUCUGAAUGGUUUACUGUUAGUCUCCAUAAAAAUGUUUUUAUUUUUCUUCCUGUGGAAUAACAUUCAAUAAUAGCUAGAAAAUUCUUAUACUUUGCCUCUCCAAAAAGAAUUUCACAUUAGGUUUUAAUUGGGGGGUGAAGAGUCUUUUUUUAGAGACUCAUAGGUACAAUAAAGACUAAUUAGAUUAUUUAUUUUUUUAAUGUGGAAAUUAAUAUUGUUUAGCAAAUAACUUACAAGUUGAGCCAUUUUUAGAUUUGUUGUUGGUCAGUUAAGCUUAGAGAUAUUUUGUUGCCUAGUAUUUAAAUCUCAGAGGAGAAAUAAAUAUUGCAUUAGAUAAUUUAAUGAACUUCUGAAGACUGAGAAAGACAGGCAGAGGCAUAAACUUGGUUGGGAUAAUUACUUUGUGUUUUAAAGAGACUUGUACCUAUAAAAGAUUAUGAAACUCCAAGUUAUUGGGGUUUUACUCCUCUUAUUGGUUAAAAGUUGAGAGACUCUGCUGGUUUUGAAUGAAUGUACUUAAGUCUAUCAUAAAAACAAAAUUUUUUAAAGCUUGUGUAUAUAAAGGGAAGAAAAAGUCAUAUUUUAGAAAUUAUCCUUAACCUUAGUGAUAAAGCCUAAAAUGUAAACAUUGAUUAUUUUUCUUAUAGGAAGCAAAGUUCUUUCAGCUUUAAAUGAUAUAUAAAAAUCAAUAAUUUUUACACUUACAAUGAUAAGAUCUCAUUUUCUAAUCUCUCUAGCACUGUGAUGGUUCCUUAUAAAUAUUUGGACUGUGCUUAAUCCUUUAAUUGAGAAAUAGGAUCAAGGCAAGGAGUAGGGAAAAUGCUGUAAUCCUGGCUCUGCGAUUGAUGAACAGUUUAACAGGUGACCUUUAGGAAGUCCCUGCUCCCUGUACAUCACCAUGGUUUCUUCAUCUAUGAUAUGGAAAAAGGAACAGAUGACUUAAAGGUCUCUUUCAGCUUUAUAACUGUGUAACAGUAUAUUAGGUAUUUUUUUUCGUCAGAUGUUAAAUGUUUUCAUCCAAACCAUUCCCACCUACAGCAUGUUUUAUUUUUCAGUCAUCACCAUUCCUUGCCCAUAUGUAUGUGUUGUGGCUAAGGACCAGCUUUCAUCUAGAAUGAAGAAAAGCAGUUCAUGAAUCUAUGAGUCUGGGUUUCGUUCCAUUUCUUUUUUGAAUAAGGGAGCUUGUCCUGGAAACCUCUUCAUUUUCACAGAAAGAGCCUCAGAUUGGGAGUCCUUUUCUGUUGGUUAAUCAUGCCAUGAUAUUGGAGAAAGUGGCUUAUACUUUCUGGGACUCAGUUUUCCCAGUGGGAAUAGCAAAGUAGUACUUGGUGCUUCUGAGGACUUAAUUAGAUAAUGCUUAUGGAAGCAUUUUGUAAACCCUGAAAGGCUAUAUGAAUAUGAGUAGUUGUAAUAAUUAUGGUUUUUAAUGCACUGAUUAUAGUGUAAACAAAAAUAUUGGCUGAGUCUAUGGUCUCUGCUGUAAAAUGAAAGAAGUAUGGAAAUUUGAAAACCAUUAAAUUUAUUCAUGCAUUUAGCACUGAUAGUAGCCCAUAUAAUGAAUUUCUUCCUAGCUCUCCCCUGUUACAGAACUCUUUCCCUAGCAGGAAUUUGGUGAUGUUUUCUUUAAGGUGCAAAUUCUUGACCAAUGAAGAUGUUAUUUCCAAUGGAAGAUAAUUAAUACAAGUCAAGUCAGAAUACUGCUUCUUUAGAUAGUAUGGUAGCAGAUAUCAAUAUGUGCUAUCAAUAUAAAUUAUAUAAUUACUUUAGGUACAGACUGAAAAGGAAAUAAAUCAACUCAUUAUUUACUAUAAUUAGUAGUAAAAAACAUGUUCAUUAAUUAUUUUACUUUGAAAAAAGUUUAUAAAUUCUUUAGGAGAGCUUUGGUAGCAAUAUACUCUUAUUUUUGUGAGAAGCUGCAAGUCAAUAAAAAAUAUUCUUCUGGUAUAAAAUGAAGAAAUCUUAAUCUAACAGUGGCUAUUUUAAUUGUAGCUACAUUAUCAAAUACAAAAGAAAUUCAUCUGUCCCAAUUAAAAUUUUCCUGCUAUUUUCUUUCUUUUUAUAUUUUCUAUCUAGUGCUUUCAUAAUGAAGUACUAUAAUAGCAUUAGUUCUGCUAUAUUUGUUUUCUUUCAUGCCUAAGAUUUUGUGCUGGCACCAAUUUCUUGACAUCAGCUGAUAUUGUAUUUUUGGAGUUAUUUUGUAAUUCAGGGUGUUAUAUGAAGUGACAUUGCUUAAUCUUUUGAGAGGCAUGUGUGACGACAUUGAAUUUCUGAUGUGUCUGACAAUGUAAUUUAUGUAAUACCUCAUAAAAUUGCCUUUUUUCCCCUUUUUAAUGGAGAGGGAGUGUUCUGAGUGGUGAAUUGUAAAUUUUUAAAAUUUGUUCUAAUUAGUUAUACAUGACAGUAGAAUGCAGUUUGACACAUCAUACAUAAAUGGACUAUAUAUACCUUCUUAUUCUUUUCAUUGUACAUGAUGUAGAAUCACA